UGGCACUAGACUUUGAAAAAGCUGACGUCACAUCGUUCUUAAACACCGUUCUUUCGGUACAAAGUGGGAUUGUCAAGAAUCAGGAAAACCACAAGUAACUUACAUGCAUAUUUAUAAAUGUUUAUUUAUUUAGAUUUUAUUAUAGAAUUUAUAAUAUUUAUUCAUAUAUUUAUUUAUUCAUUUUUAUUAUUCGAAAUCUCUAACCCGCUUUUUAACUAUAUUGAAUUUUUCUUGAUGAUUAUGUUAUUCGUACGUAGCUAAUAAAAUAGGGAGAUUAAAUCUGGAUUUCCAUUUACAGAGAAAUAGUUCGUCGUCGAAAUAUUUCGCUUAUUUCUUUUGAAUUGUGACGAUCCGAAUAAAUCAGUUUACUUGACCGCCGUCACAAUUCAAUAGAAAUUGAGCAAAAAAUUUCGACAGCGAAAUUUUUCUUGCAAGUGGAAAUCCAGCUUAACUGAGCAUGCGACAUUUUGUCAAUUCAAUGCGUUAAAGAUAGGGAUAGCUCAUAGCUGCGUGAAACUAUAUAGAUUGGCAUCUUCAUUUCAAGCACGAACUGCUCAGGACUAAAUGUUGAUGCCAUAUUAGGCAUAUAGUUAAUGACUGAAUUAUUGUGGCUUUCGUAUUCGCUGACAUGAUAAGAUUGAUACAACAGAUAUAUUAGAAACUCGAUGUUUUUACCCGAGUUUUUACUCGGUCCUCGGUUAUUUUCUCUUAAUCAAAAUUUCACCAUUGUCAUGUAACUUAGGUACCGUUCCCAUACCACAAAAUUGAUUCGUAUUGAUUAUUGUAUAAUUGGCAAUUGGCAAUUGGCAAUUGCCUUGGUCAUAAAUUAUCAUUUACAUCCUCGACUUUGUGUGAGCAGUUGUGUGACUGUAAUGAGGAUUAAAACAGAUCUAAAGUAUUAGCAAGUUAUAUUUGUCAAAAUUUGAUUUGUUAUAAAAAUCAUUGAGUGUCUGAGUGGAAAGUUUGUUUCAGUUGCUGGAAGAGAGCGGAAGUAGCUGAUUUGUAAUAUUAUAUGCCUUCGAAACCAUUAUCUCAUUCCGGAUGUGUGGCUCACAUCUUAUAUAUACAAGUGGAGAACAAGGUUUGUAUUCAGUCUGCUAUACUGUAGAGUGCUGAAUAAUAUAUCAGUAUAUAGCAUAUUGAGAAAUUAUAGUUUGCUUGCCGUAGCGUGGUGAAUAUCGUGUCCGCUCGGCUGUACGUGAUAUUAAGAUGAAGAACAAUCGUAUACGUUCAAAAAUUGAUAAUUAUAAAUUUGUCUUAUUUGGCUCCGCUGGUGUGGGGAAAACGUCUCUAGUCAAAAGACUUGUUCAUGAUGAAUACAGGAUCAACUAUAUUCCUACGGUUGAAGAUAUCUACAGAUACUUCAUACAAUCAAAUAACCGUCUUUGCAAUCUUACUAUCGUCGACACUGGAGGAACACAUGAUUUCCCUGCUAUGAAAGAACUAAAUAUAAAAAAUUGUGCUGCUUUUAUUCUCGUCUUGUCUGUGGAUGAUAAAAAAUCAUUGGAACAGUUCAAAAAAGAUGCGCAGACUGUCCUAGAAUGUCGACCUAAUGCGAGAAUAUUGACUGUCGUUAAUAAAGUUGAUAUUGAAGAGAGAUCAUUUUCAUCUAUACAAGUGAUAAGAUAUAUGGAACAGCAACGAACAAGAUAUCCACAAUUUCAGUAUAAAUAUCUAGAGACGUCAGCUGAGAGUAAUAUGAAUGUUCGUGAGAUAUUUUAUGAAGCUGUCGAGUUAUUAUCGCCUGGAUUUAACCAACAAAGAAAAGCGGGGAAACGCGGUCUACCUCAAGCUUGUACAAUCUUAUGACAACGAAAGAAACUUGCGCAAAGAUAAUUUUGUACAUAUAUUUUCGUGUGAGACUAUACCUCUAUUACCUUCCAUCGGCUAUUUCAAUAAUCAGAACUAGCGCAAUGAUUUUCUAAAACAAACUGUUCAAUGUCACUUGAUAAUUGCACCAACUGACGAUACUCGUUAUUAACAUUCAUCAAAACCUAAAUUCGUAGAAGUGUAAGCGUACGUUAAGACUAAGGCAUGCAUGACUGGAAAGCAUAUGGUAUAUUUAUUGUAAUUUGACCUAACCAUGCGUGCCUGAACUUGACCACCAGAAGGUGUAUUGUGAAAUUUUGUAUAUAUUGUAAAAUUUUGUACAUAUGUUUUUAUAUAUCAGAAUAGAACAUCAGAUGUGUUAUAAUAUAUAUAUAUUUUAAAUUAAUGAUUGAAAUUGUUACCAAACAUUUGUAGUUUGUGUCUACUUGAUG